AUGUCUCCUCUCCCGUCCGUAGCCAUCGACGCCAUCGAGGUUUGUGUGAACCCUGCACUUUGGACCCCAGAGGCAAAACAACGAAACGACAAGGCUCAUGAUGUGCGCCGCGGGCCGAGCAGCACUGGCCAAGUGCUAUUCAUUACCUUGACAUGGGCUGCUACGGGCACGAGACGUGACUCUCAUGCGCCAGCCCAGAAUCGGCGCCACGAUGAUAGGGUCUUAAGUCAAGCGAACGGACAUGCUGGAGUUUUCAGGCCAAGGCACUGAGGUGCCUAGCAGAAGAUGCUAAUGUCGACUCCACGCUUGCGAGCCUGCGCCCCCAUGCCCUGUCCUGAAUACAGUCGCAGUGCUCCAUGUCU